CCUUGUUCUCAGCCCCAGCCGGGCUCCCGGGGACCGCCAUGCCCCCGCCUAAUGGAGCCUCCAAGUAGCCUGAGCGCAGAAAGGCCAGCAGGGACUCGAGGCACGGACGUGGCCUGGGAGCCCCGACCCGGCUGCCCGAGACGAAACCUGCUCCUGGAAGGCUGCAAGAUGAUGAAAGUCACCUCAGGGGUGUGGUUCUGGAAAGAUGACACCAACACACUUGAAUUUGCAAGCUUUGCCCCAGCACUCGAUGCUAAAGAGAAACUCAAGAAGGGCAAAGCAAUCCAUUUUCAGGAAAUGAGUACUAAAACAGCAGACAGGUCAACUCCCAGUAUGUUUCAAGAAUUGUUCGGUGCAAAAUUCCCUGAGAAAAGAUUAAAGUCGGUAGAAGAGAUAUCGCCCAGGCUCUCAAAACAUGGACAAAAAGAGUAUGUGACUCUGGAUGAUGUUAAAUAUGCUGCUCUGUUUUUAGUACAAGAAAAUGAAUCGUAUCAUAUAUCCUCUUUUACAACCAUUAUGAGGAGUAGACAGCUUGAUGAAUUCCUCAUGGCUCUGCUUUACUACUUGUCUUAUUUUCUGGAGAAAAUCACACUGGAAAAGAAACCCAAAUCUUUAAUGGGGACUCUGAACUUGCUAGAAAGAAAGGACAUGGAGGAGGCACUAGUUAAGCUCUCCAUAGCCAAGACACAGCUUGCCAAGAUAUACUGCAUCCUCAUUCUUGGACUGGGAAUGGCUGAUCAGCAUCACAUGGCUUGCGGCAAGAGAAAAACAUCAUCAUCACAGAAAGACCGGGAGUUCUUUGAGUGCUUCUACAACUUUUGCACAUAUGUGGCUUGGGUGGCGUUCAGACGCAAACACUUCCAGGAGAUUCAGGAGGAAAUCGGCAGGCUGCUUCGCUCUGACGUAUUCAAUCCCGCACUGAAAGAGAAGAGGUACCCUGGUGUGCAGUGGUCAACAGAGGCCUCUGCAGAUCAGAGGAAAGUGCUCUUUCCAUAUGACAGGAGCUUGUAUGCCAGGCGUCCAGCCAUAAUGAGUGUGGUGGGUCAGCGCUCGCCAGUGCUCAGCACACUGUUGCCCCUGCCCAGGGACAGUGCCCAGUAUCUCUUCCAGAACCAUUACCUCCACCGGGGAAGGACCGCUCCCGCCAGCAAGAGCAAGGAUCACAUGGAUGUCACAGCAGUUGUGUUUACACCCAAGGUGGGCAUCAUUGGAGCCCUGCGCAGCAAGUUCAAUCGUCAUACACUCAUGCCUACUGGGGGGAUGGAGGAGGAGGAGGAGGAGGAGGAGGACGAGGAAGAGGAAAGGUCAAUGCAGAGCAGCUCCUCCGUCUACUCGUACAACCUGAUGUCAUCGUCCCACAGAGGCGUCCUUAGUGGAUGCAGUCGUCAGAGCAUCAUACUCUCAAGAACCACUACAGAGGGGGACUAUUCGGAGAAUGGCUAACAUUCCUAGCAUUGGGGUUAGUUUUACUGUGUGUAAAGGUGUUAAGUAAAUAACUGUGAAGUUUCAUUUUUAAAAGCAGGUAUCAUUUCUCAUCAGCAGCAUAGCUUAGUGAAUCUAGCAUGGAGUUAGGAUGCAGGACACUUAGGUUUAUUCCUGGCUCUGCUAGGUGGACACGGGUAAGUCACCUCACCUCUCGUGCCUUAGUGUCUCCAUCUGUAAAAUGAGGAAAGUGAUAUUGAAAUGCUGACAUCUACAGAUCAGAAGAAUUUAAGACUCACAUGGAAAAGUUUUGAGAAGACUUGUCUGGUUAGGGCUGAAAUCGUUUUACAAGAUGUUCUCCUGAUAUUUUCAAUAUAUCACUUUUAUUUCUUUUUGAUUGCACUGUGUUUUGCAUAUGCUACCAAUGCAGAUUAAUUCAUGGUACAUUUUACACAGGAAUAGCAGAGAAGUACACCAUUGUUUCAAGACGUAUGCUGAGAUUUUCUGUUGUUGCUAACCGGCAUUGCUUUACGGAAGUUAAAGAGCUCUGCUCAUUUACAUCGCAUGAGGAUUUGGUUUGCAGGUUUUAAUUCUGUAUGUUUGGUAUCUACAUAAAUCCCAAGUUUAUAUUAGCGGGGAAAGUGCAUCCAAACAUUGGUUUAAAUGUAUAUUUGGGUUAUCAACAGGUAGAAAUAAAAGCAGAUGCUUCAUAAAAAAAAAUUAGGAGUGUUCACUUACACAUCUGUCAGGUUUCAUUAAUUUUCAUAAACAGAAAACUUAGGGUGAAAUCCUGGCCCCAUAGAAGUGAAUUUUACCAAUGACUUUGAGGUCAGGAUUUCAUUCCUUGCCUCUAGCAAUGCAGGAAAUCCCAGGGGUAACAUUUUCAUAAAAAUGGAGAAGGGGAAUUUAAUGUUUUGUUUAGUGCUGGCUGGAAAUUUUCAAAAAAAGAGUCCCUGCCUCUGCUUGUUGUUAGCCACGUUGGUCUGAAGACAGGCCGAAGAUAGGGCAGGGUGGCACCUUAGAGACUAACCAGU